AUGAAUCAACUACGCAAUGUCUCGGUCAAAGUUCCAACACUCGCACAAUGGAACAAGAAAUUCAAAAUGAAAGGGUCCAUGCGUUACCCACGAGCGACUUUGGCCGACAUGGAUACAGCAACACAAGCAUUGAGUCGAUUGCAGUUGCCGCAUCCUGAAAAAAUGACAGUUGUAGAAAUAUAUCCAGGACUCGGCACCUGGACAGCCGCCUUGGCCAAUGCUGGCUUCAAAAAGAUAUUAGCACUUGAGCCACAGCAGCAUUAUUAUAAGCAUAUGAUGGACGUCAAAACGCAAGCAGAAGAUGUCAUCGUGCCUAUAAAGAAAGACGGUUAUGACUGGUCUACUUAUGUGGAACUCAAGAAACCAGAGUACCUCGGUCAUUUGGAGAGACCUGACUGGUCCACAGUCCAUCCGGAAAUUCUAUUUACUGGCACAUUACCAAAAUCCUCGGUGGGCGAGCAGUUGUUGGCCCAAUUUGCCUCUUGUAUCGUGAACAAGAUGGCACUGCAUACGUUGGGUCGUAUACAAAUGGCUCUAUGGAUGCCUGACAUGCUUUAUCGGAAAUUUGUGGCACCUCCCGCUUCCUCCAAUCGAUGCAAAAUGAGCGUCGUUGCUGAAGCAAGCGCAGACGUAAAAUCCCUCUAUUCGGCAACACCCAACGUGCUAUAUCCUCACGAAGAAUACCACCUAGUACAUAUUGUACCUAGAGCCACCCAUAAAUUGACCGCGCAAUGGGAUGUUUUUGAGUAUGUCCUCAAACAUCUUUUUGUCAUGCAAAAACAACCUCUGUCCAAAAUUGUCAAGUAA